AUUUUGUCCUACUGCUUCACACCGCACCGCGAGAAGACCUCGCCCCGCCCGGCAUUUUCCAGAAAUCUCUGCAGGCUUGCGGGUGCUCUAAAAUCACAAGAUUUUCUGCGCCAGACGCGCAAAAGCAACGUGUCCAGAGGAGAGGAAAACGAGCGACGACAACUCAUCUGGUACGGCAGUAUCCUGGAAAUAGGAGAGGACACACAACAUCGCGGCACUGCUACCUAGCCUACCGCGUGAGUAUCCCUCUGCCCAUUCCUCCUAGACGGCGGCGGCACACGGGGGAGGUGGAUAGAACCAACGCGACCAACCGGGACUCGAUAGCAACACACGAGGUGGCCUGGAGACCGGCGGACACUCGGCGGCACACACACAGCGGGUUCCACCGCAUCUGCCGGCAUCCCGCCCAGACGAAGAAAAGCUCUGCCGCUGUUACAGCACCCCGUGCAACCAGCCGUGGGAAAGGAUGAUUUACAACCUCUACAUCUUCAACAGAAAGGGCAAGUGUCUGUACUACCGGGAGUGGAACCGACCGCAGAACACGCUGGAGAACGCCGCGGACGAUGGAGAGGAGCAGCGGCUCAUGUUCGGCAUGCUCUACUCCCUCAAGGAGGUAGUCACGAAGAUGUCGACCGACCCGGCGUCCGCGGGGCUCCACGCCCUCAAGACGGACUCCUACACCCUGCACCACCUGGAGACCGGCAGCGGGCUGCGCUUCGUCCUAAACACGGACAACAACGCCGGCGACCUCCGGCCGACCCUCAGGCAGCUCUACUCGGGGAUCUUCGUCGAGUACGUGGCCAAGCACCCGCAGUUCAACCCGGUGGACGGCAGCCCGAUCCGGCUGCCGGCCUUCGACUCGAGACUAGAGGAGUACCUCCGGAGCCUGGCUUGCUUCAAGUCUUGAUGUGUUUUUGAUGAUGGCGUGUAUGUGUUUUUUUAUUUCCAUAGUUUGAGUGGACCGCACAAUAAUGGUGUGUUGUGUGUGUGUGUGUUUUUUUUUUUUUUUCUUUGCUCCAGUAUGUAGGAGGUUUGCGUUCUAGGGCGGCGAUUUGUCUUGAGAGCACUUUUUUUUUGCGACAUCGUCAUAGUGGUGUUAGUCGUAACAAUGUGCGCGCCUGCUUGCCAGUGUUCGAAUGUCAUUUUCUUCGCCGACAAUGCUGCUCGUACCGCCGCUUUGUGAAAUUCGAACUAGUGAGUAACAUGGGCUCCAACUUACGUUGUAGCUCCCCUCCCGGUGAAGUUGCGAUGUGCGUGUAGGGAGUCCCUCCGAAAUGUUGCUUGAUUUUUUCAGGUUGUGCGUUUGCCAAGGAACCCUUGUAGACGUAUUCCGAGGUGGAGUUGUUCCUUGUUUGGAUCUGGGGGAUGUUUUUCCUGGACGUUCGACUUUGCCGCCGAACUAAAUUGCUUCGAUGGCUGUCGAUGUGUUUGUGGUUGUGGAUUAUUUUUUAUCAUUUCCGAAACACACAGCAUUGCUCGGUUGGGGAAUGAAAGCUAUUGGGCGCGCUCUUGAUGAUGUGUGCCUGAUGGGGCCAACUCUUGAGCUGUUGCACAGUUGCAGGCGUUUGAACACCCAUCGCUAAACAACCACGCGCCCCGUUAUCCGGAAAGCACUCGUUGUGGUUGUUAGUCUUGGUGCAUCGUAACACCGGGGUUGUGCUAGUCAGGCAUGGAAUACAACUCGUGAUGCCAGCGGCGUGUGCCCACC